AUGAUGUCAUCUGUUAGAACCGCUACAACUACUAGACUUUUCACUACUUCUGCUGUUAAAGCUUCAGCUACCCCACGUCAUUUAAUUAAUAUUGCACAAUUAUCAAAUGAAGAAUUUUCUUCUUUGAUUAAUAAAGCACAAUAUUUUAAAAGUUUAGUUAAAUCAGAUAAACCAUCUAUUGAAAAUCAUCAAAAAUUAUUAGGUAAAUUAGUUGCUUUGUUAUUUAGUAAAAGAUCAACUAGAACUAGAAUUAGUACUGAAGGUGCCGCAUCAUUUUUUGGAGCACAACCUAUGUUUUUAGGUAAAGAUGAUAUUCAAUUAGGUGUUAAUGAAUCAAUGUAUGAUACUACUAAAGUUAUCAGUUCAAUGACUUCAUGUAUUUUUGCUCGUGUUAAUUCUCAUCAAGAUAUUUUGGAUUUAUGUAAAGAUAGUUCUGUUCCAAUUAUAAAUUCUUUAUGUGAUAAAUAUCAUCCAUUACAAGCUAUUGCUGAUUUAUUAACUAUAAAAGAAACUUUUGGUGAAACUAAAAAUUUAAAAUUAACUUGGAUUGGUGAUGCUAAUAAUGUUAUUAAUGAUUUGGCUAUUGCUUGUUUGAAAAUGGGUAUAAAUGUUUCCAUUUCAAUUCCAAAUAGCAUUACUUUUGAUAAAGAAGUUUCUGAAAUUGCUGAAAAAUUAGCUACUGAACAAAAUUUAAAAUUUGAAAUUGUUAAUGAUCCAAAAAUUGCUUUAAAUAAUGCUAAUAUUGUAGUAACAGAUACUUGGAUUUCAAUGGGGGAAGAAGCACAAAAAGUUGCCAAAUUAAAACAAUUUGAAGGUUAUCAAAUUAAUCAAAAAAUGUGUCAAGAUGGUAAUGUUGCUUCAAAUUGGAAAUUCAUGCAUUGUUUACCAAGACAUCAAGAAGAAGUUGCUGAUGAUGUAUUUUAUAGUGACAAUUCUGUUGUUUUUCAAGAAGCUGAAAAUAGAUUAUAUGCCGCUAUGGCCGUCAUCAAUGGAUUUGUCAUCAAUAAAGGUGAUUUAUUAAAAUAA